CGUCGCGUGAGGGGCCGGCCGCGCGAUCCGGCAGCCCUCGGGGCCCCUCCGGCGGAGCGACGGGCAGGCGAGUGCGAGGCGGGACGCUUCCACUUAUUGAAAGAUGUCACCAGUUGGAGCAGCAUUGUCCUGUUCCUGUCUCCGCCCUGGUGUAUGGCUGCUGAAGGCAAGCAUACAGAAGAAGAGCUUCCUUGGUUUGCAUACAGCAGCUGGGUGUGCUGCCAAGGAUUAUUAUGAAGUACUUGUGCUGGGUGGAGGCUCCGGUGGAAUCACCAUGAGUGCUCGGAUGAAGAGGAAAGUGGGGGCAGGAAAUGUAGCUGUGGUUGAGCCAAGUAAGACUCAUUACUAUCAGCCUCUGUGGACCCUGGUAGGUGCUGGUGCAAAGCAGCUGUCAGCUUCUGCACGUCCAACAGAGAGGGUGAUGCCUGAAGGUGUGAAGUGGAUUAAAUCUCGCGUUACAGCAUUGGAUCCAGAUAAGAACUGUGUCAGGCUGGAGAAUGAUGUCAAGAUAUCUUACAAGUACCUGAUAAUUGCCCUUGGGAUUAGUCUGCAUUAUGAAAAGAUCAAAGGUUUGCCUGAGGGUUUUCAUCACCCUAAAAUAGGUUCCAAUUAUUCAGUUCAUACAGUAGAGAAAACAUGGAAAGCCUUGCAAGAUUUCAAGGAAGGAAAUGCUAUCUUCACUUUUCCAAACACUCCGGUGAAAUGUGCAGGGGCUCCUCAGAAAAUCAUGUAUUUAUCUGAGGCCUACUGGAGGAAAACAGGAAAACGACCCAAAGCAAACAUAAUGUUCAACACUUCACUUGGUGUCAUUUUUGGUGUUAAGAAAUAUGCUGAUGCAUUGCUUGAAAUAAUAGAGGAGAGGAAUAUUGCUGUUAACUAUAAGUGCAACCUUGUUGAAGUUCGAGCAGACAAGCAGGAAGCUGUGUUUGAAAACCUGGACAAACCUGGAGAGACUGAAGUUCAUGAGUAUGAAAUGCUUCAUGUCACACCCCCAAUGGGGCCACCUGAUGUGCUUAUCAACAGCCCUGUCUCUGAUGAAAUCGGCUGGGUAGAUGUAAAUAAGGAUACUCUGCAACAUAAGAAGUAUCCUAAUAUUUUUGGUAUUGGAGAUUGCACCAACCUUCCAACAUCAAGAACUGCUGCGGCUGUAGCUGCCCAAUCUGGAGUGCUUGAUAAAACUAUUUCUCUGGUAAUGAAGAACCAGUCACCAACUAAAAAGUAUGAUGGAUAUACUUCCUGCCCACUAGUAACAAGCUAUAACAAGGUGAUUCUAGCAGAAUUUGACUACAAUGCUCAGCCUUUGGAGACCUUUCCCAUUGACCAAAGUAAACAGAGGACAACAAUGUACCAUAUGAAAGCUGAUAUGAUGCCCUUUCUCUAUUGGAAUGCGUUACUCAAGGGAUACUGGGGAGGACCAGCUCCUAUCAGAAAGCUGAUGCAUCUAGGCUUGAAGUAAAUGUUGGUUCUUAGCUCAAGUUCUUGAAGAAAUAAGACUGGCCUCGUGCUGGAUGAGUACGUAUACUUCCUUUUGGACACCUCCACAAGAGACAGACUUUUUUAAUCAAGUUUUUGUCCCGAACUCUAACUUUCUGCCUCCUAGGGAUUAAGCCUUACUACUUUCUUCCAUGUGAUCUGAGGCCUUAAAUUAAUUCUGUAUGUAGAUAGCAGUUUCAACUCAAGCGUGAGCUUCCUUCAGCUGCAAGCCACUACUGAAACUUCCUACAGUAAUCAAUGCCCUUAAAUCAGUUUUGUAUGUAAGAGAUUUUCUGUGACUGUAGCUCAAAUUCCUUGCUUCCAUUAUCUAAACGUGCACUUAAUAAAAUAAUGCUAGUAAAACAUU